AUGAUGUUGAAGAGCCAACGGACGAACCAGUUCUAUCACCAGCUCGGAAGACUAUCAUCCACCACAACCAAACCACCGAGACCAGCAGGAGGAGGGCGAACACGGCCUGGUUCACCAAUAAAGGAGUCGCCGAGAGUGCCAGUCCGGCUGCCAUCACCGUCCAGACUGAAGUCGGUCUCACUCUCCCCACUGAUCGACGAGAAAUCCCCACUUUCGUUGCCCGAGUCGGAUUACAAUCGGCUCAAGUGGCUCAAUCGGUUCACUCCCCGCUGGGAUGAGUCCAAGAACGAACGGCUGGCCCGUUUCAAACUCCGGGCCCAAAAGAUGCGCACCCGAAGAGCACACACUGAAAAAUUGUUCAACUCAUUCCAGCGUCUCGAUGGAUUCACGAGUACGAUAUUGCCAUCAGCUUUUCGAAAUGGGCGCCUCCCCGACAAGAUCCUCCCCAAUCCGGGGACAACCAACCACAACAACAACAGGGCCGGCCAGCAGGGAAGAGUAAGAAAGGACGAGAAGAUGGGCCGGGACAUCCUCAAGCAUCGCAAAAAGCUCCGCGCUCUGUACAGAUUCACUCAGGAGCCCAAAGUUUCUCCGCAUCUAGCCGACCAAGUCGCGAGUCAACUGGCGCGACGGAUUGCCCAAGAAUGUGUGGUCUGGAGGGCCACACUGAGUCGGCCUGCACCUGGCACAAUAAGUUCUCUGGACGACUUGGUGGCCAAGACUGGACCGGGAAGGAUAGCCAGGAUAUCCGAUCACCCUACUUUAUCCAGUGGUCCGGCCCUGUUGAGCUACUUGGAAAGUCUCCUGAAAUCCCAGCUAUCGAAGUCCCCCCAGCUCGACGAUCCAGUGAAUCCCGCCGGCCAACGUGUCCCAGAUCCUUCAGCCAGUCUGGGCGCGAUCCUCGUCAAGUCAUCCGGUCUCUUUCGCCAGCUCGGACGUCUCCAACCUUCCCAGGGGACCAGCUCUGAGCAACUGUCGCCCGAUGACGUCCCGGCAAGCAGCCAGGAUCACCCACACGACACGCUCCUCUUUUCCCUCCAUCUACCUGAUGGUCCGGUCCCGGUAUGGGAUCUUGAAGGACUUCUAGCACGUAUGGCUAAGCCACCGCCCCGACAAGCAUCAGGCGUACCUCUUGUGACCGCGGCGCUGGAAGGCUCCGCAUCCGUAUCAAGCGAGACCAGUCUAGCAGAGGUUCUGGCCGGGCAGAUCGACGAAGCUUUACGUGGGCCGGGACAUCUGGCGAGAGCCGAUUCGGAGGCCUAUGUGGUGCCCCUGACCGAGGGCACUUACCCAUUGAUUCUGGCCCUACGACGGGCGACUUGGUGGCUCGGCCAGGGCUUCGAGAGCGACCAUUUCGCGCAGAUUGGGGCCAUGGUGCACGAGGCCGAGGCGCGCAAGAGCGAGCGCGAGGCCCAAUGGCUCGCCUGGGUCCGUGGCAGAAACACCGUCGAGGGCAAAAUCAAGCGCAACGGCCAGCUUUGGAUCCCUUUCUCGACUCGCUCUGCUACUCCUAGAAAGCUUUGGAGACGCGUCUGA